AUGAUACACAGAUUCCAGGGCAAAGCCGCCACAAGAUUACAGAACUUCCUAGACAGAGCGACACACUACUGCUCUCACCACUCCCACCACUCCCCACCACCCCAAGCCACUCCCCACCACUCCCACCCACUGCUCACCACUCCCACCCACUGCUCACCACUCCCAGCCACUCCCCACCACUCCCACCCACUGCUCACCACUCCCAGCCACUCUCCACUACUAGGCACUCCAACUACUUCCAGCCACUCCUCACCAUUCUCCAACACUCCCCACUACCCCAGCCACUCCCCAACACUCCCAGCCCUUCCUCACCACUUCCAGCCACUCUCCACUACUCCUAGCCGCUCCUACCACUCCCCACCACUCCUCACCACUCUCAGCCACUCACAGCUAGUCCCCACCACUUCCAGAUACUCCCCGCCACUCCCAAGCGUUCCCCAGCACUCCCCAGCCACUCCCCAGCCACUUCUACCACUCCCCACCACUCCCACCACUCCGGCACCCAUCACCCACACCACAACAUUUACCUACACUCUCCCCACACCCUAUACUAACUCCAUUUUCAUCGUUUAUCCACCUUCAUUCCUCUUCACUUUUAUCAGAGUGCUUGGCCUUCCCUGCCCUCUUGACAUAUGGGAGGGCCUGAGGGCAUCUUCUGUUCCGGACAUUUCCUGCACCUAUCACGUCCCCUUUGCAUUUUUCACAACGACGCACAGAUCCUCCCUCCGCCUCGCGCUAAGCUCUCCCCUCGACCACUUCCCAGAGUUCCUCCAUUCCUCUCACCCGCUAACUCCCCUCGCCACACCUCAUCCCUUCACAAAAAUCCACCUCAAUCCACGCUACUCCCCACCAUACUCCACCUGUGCCCCGCCCCUCACCUGCCCCUGCCCCUGCCUCGUCCCCGCCCCGCAGGAUAAAGGAGUGUCACGGCGCUGGUAA